GGAACUCAGGAGGAGGACUUAGAACAUGCUCAACACCUCAAACAACACAGACUACUGUCAUCUGCAACUACAACUACUCUACAAAUUCACUGAAAUAUUCACAAUGGAUUUUAUCCAUGAUGGCGACUACUAUGACUUUGAGUCAGGCAAUGACAACUUUUCAUUGUGGAAUAUGACAAACACCAGUGACCCCACUGACUACGACUCAUACUGGUGUGAGGCUGAUGAAGAGCAAGAGUUUAUCAUCAAAACCUUCCAGACAUGUGUUUUCUGCCUCAUCUUCCUGCUGGGCAUUGUGGGAAACAGCCUGGUGAUCACCACCUUUGCUCUGUACCGCCGCUUUCAUCUUCGCUCCGUGACCGACGUCUUCCUGUUCCACUUGGCGCUGGCUGACCUCCUCCUCCUCCUCACCCUCCCUUCUCAGGCGGUCUACACUAACCUGGGCUGGAUCCUCCCCACUUUCCUCUGCAAGGCCAUGCGUGCAUGCUAUGCUAUCAACACAUACAGUGGGCUUUUUCUUUUGGCCUGCAUCAGCAUCGACCGCUACAUGGUGGUGGCGCGGGCGCAGGAGAUGCUCAGGCUGCGCAGUCAGAUUUUAACCUGCGGGAAAGUUGCGGCUGUAGGUGUAUGGGUUGUUGCAGUGCUCCUCAGUGUGCCGGAGAUCGUCUACUCUGGGGUGUUAGGGUCUGGCAGUGAGGCUUAUUGCGGUAUGGUGAUGAGUGGACGAGUGAAAAUGGCAACCAAUGGAGCCAUCAUUGCUGUCUUCUGCUUGUCUCUCUUCAUCAUGGUGGCAUGCUACUCUUCAAUCGCUUAUGUCCUGUGGGAGGGGCAUGCAAACAGGCGAGGGAAAGGGUGGCAUCGUCAGCGUACACUGAAGCUGAUGGUGGCUCUGGUGCUGGUGUUUCUUGUGUUCCAGUUGCCGUACACCAUAGUGCUCUCACAGAAAAUCGCUGGUCAAUUCUGCGAUCAUCUGUUGGAGUACAUCACCUGCACGCUGGCGUUCACCCGCUGCUGCCUCAACCCCAUCCUGUACGCCCUGGUAGGCGUGCGCUUUCGUAAAGACGUGUUGAGGCUCCUCAAUGAUUCAGGCUGCCGCUGUGGGCUCCAGCUGGCGCCACAGUCAGUCAGCUCCACCUCCAUGUCGCCCUCUUCACCUGCACUCACGAUGCUUACAGGUUGUUCUCCAACUUCUCCCGAACGCAGUUACUCCAGCAACGACACAGUGCCUUCAACCAAAUUUCAGUUUCCAGGAAUCAAAUAAGACUUUCUGGAGUGGACUAAAAGCUUUUAGCUGUUGAUGUAUUUGAUGACCGACCAGUUUACUUUUAAGUAAAAUUUAGUUAAACAGUACAGAAACUUUCAACAGGGAUUUUUUUUAUUCCAUUUUCACAGAACACCCAGUCACCUACUUUCAGCACUUUUAACUUUGGCAGUGGGCUGUUGUUCUCUCCCACUAAGAUCUUAUGGCUCUAGUUCACACACCAGACUCAAGCUCAAAAGAAGCCAGGUGUUUUUUUUGCACUGUUUUGUCAUUAAGACCCUUAAACACUCAAAAACAGGGUUUUAAAUACCAAAUGCCACUUUAAAUCAUGAGACGUGCAUUGGCAAGUACAUCAAAAAGGAAAUUUGACGGUGAAAUUUCAAAACAUACUUUGGAGGUUCACUGUCUAUUCAUAUUUUUAAUGCUGAUGUUAUUAGAUCAUUUAAAUUCAGAUAGAGACAUAGAAAUUGAACGAGAUGAAAUUUAUUUUGCCCAAACUAGAUACACCGGAUUUCACCUACCAAAGGUUGGUUAAUUUUUUUUAUUAAUAUGCAAACCUGCAAACCAAGGUGUUUUGAUGGCAUUUUCAAUAUGUAGGUCACUGUCCUAAUUUUUCACCCUUUUAAACCAAGAAUAUGUAUUUAUUUUCAAGCCUAUGAUGAAAUGAAGUCACCAGAGCUUUGAUGCAGCAGUCAUAAGGUUUUUUUUUUUUAAAGCUUGCUGCUUUUGACACAUUUCAGAUGUUGCUCACAAGUCUUGAGGUUUUGGUCACACUUUGUUUGUUUGGUCUGAAGUUGUUUUUCAGUAGUCAGGUGACACACUGCAGCCGUCAGGGGCACGUUUGUGUAACCAAAACCACAACCCCAGGACCAGCAGUGGCAUUUUUCUGUUUCCAGGAACUUAAAUCCACUUGAAGACUUUCAUUCCACUGCUAGUAGAGGUUUAUGUUCAGGAUUCAGGAGACUUUCUACCAUAAUCUUUGAGUCUUUUGACUAAAGGCAGCAAUUCCAUUCAGUAUUUUCUUUAUGUCUAUGAUUAGAUUUACUUCAAGGUACCAUGCAAGAUAUCACUAUUUUAAUUUCCCAUUUAACUAUAAUAAUUGUUUUUAAGAAAGACUUAUAUUCAGUCAUUUUGUUAGAUGGUUUCUUGUCUUUAAUGACUACUUAAAUAAAUUGUGCUGUCUGCUUUUCUGGUGGUCAUUUUAUUUGACUAGAAUGACAUUUUCUACCCUGUCAUACUAGCAGUAUUAGUCACCCACACAGUCACCUAUACAGUAGCUCUUAAAAGUCAACACUUUGCUGUUACAGUGCCACAUUAUUGGGGUGUAAAAAUGAGACAAGGAGGUAUAAUAUCACAGUUUUUGCUCUUUUAACAAAUACAAUUCAAAAUAAAAAAUAAAGAAUCUUUUAGUAGAAACUGAUAGAAAAAUAGAAAACUGUUUGUAAAGAUAUUAUGCUUAAUAUAUAGGCCAGCCCUACAUUAUGCUUUGAAUGGGAGGAAUGAGAAUACCAGAGUGAUAUACAGUGCCUCUUUUCACUUAGAACGUGUCUUUGAAUCAUCUCUUGUGAAUUUUACCCAGUGGUUCCUGAACUUUUCCUGCUGUGGCCCCCCUUUGGUACAUAAAAAUGGUUUGAAGCCCCGCUAGACUUAACCCUACACAUCAACACAUGAAUGUAUUUCAAAACACAAAAACAUAUGUCACACAGGCAGGAUGUGGUAACGGGAUGGAGUGUGGCUUUUUUUGUAAUCCCAUCAUUGUAUGUGAAAACAAGACAGAACUCGUCAUAUUUUCUUCUCUUGGUUUCAGUAUUUGUGGUGUCUGCUGUAGAUUCAUUUUUA